GGUCCCUCCUUCUUCCACAUGGACCGGAACCACGCAGCACGUGACCCGGAGACCCUGGACUGGGCGAGCAUUUCACACCGCAUCAUGGCUGCAUUGGAUGCGGCCGCGUGGUACCGAACCGGCGCCCUGCUCUGCCGCGGGGCUCCCCUCUCUCCGUCCCGCCUGCUGCUGCUCUUCCUCUGCACCUGCUCGCUGCUGCCAGCCCCGGCGCUCGGCUUGCUCGGCUUUCGACCAGAGGAAACCGGGGCGGAGCUGUCCGUGGAUGACGGGGUGCUGAAAGCCACCGAGGGGACUCGCUUCAUGCUUCGGGUGUAUUACUCCACCUCCCCGCAGAGGCUCAACCGUACUCGUGCCAACAAUGCCGCGCCCUGGAUCGCCUUCAUCGAAGAGCCAACUCCCGGACGAGAGGGACAAGUUCAUCCGAAACGGAACAUGUGCAUGGACAAGAACGCCAGGACUUCCGACAUCGAGGUUUUGGGCUCUUUCAAGUCUGCUUCCAGUCAGAACUCGGUGUUGGUCGAGCUGCUGGCCAAAGACCUGCGGAGGGGGGAGAAAAUUAAAUACUAUUCCAUGUGCGCCUUUGACGGAUCCAAAUGGGAACACUACCGGACACGGGAUUUUUGGGUGGCCGUGAUGGAGCGCUCGGCUGUGCCGGAGCUCUGGCUGCAAGUGCUGGUCUCCGUUCUUCUGCUCGGGCUGUCAGCUCUGUUCAGUGGGCUGAACUUGAGCCUGUUGGCACUUGAUCCAGUGGAGCUACAGGUCCUCCAGAAUAGCGGCACCGACACCGAGCAGAACUACGCGCGGAAAAUCGAAUCUGUGCGUCGGCACGGUAACUACGUCCUGUGCACUUUACUGCUGGGGAACGCGAUCAUCAACGCCUCGCUUGCCGUGUGGAUGUGUCAGAUCCUGGGCAUGACCUGGCUCUCCACGGUCAUUUGCGCCUUCGGGAUCUUCUUUAUCGGGGAAAUUCUUCCGCACUCGGUGGCAUCGCGCCACGGUCUGGCGAUCGCUUCCAAAACCAUCUGGGUGACGCGGCUGCUCAUGGUGCUCUCCUUCCCCAUCUCUUACCCCAUAAGCAAACUGCUGGACCUCAUCCUAAAUCAGGAGAUCUCCAACUUCUACACCAGAGAGAAACUCCUGGAAAUGCUGCGAGUCACCGACCCGUACCACGACCUGGUAAAAGAGGAGCUCAACAUCAUCCAGGGAGCACUAGAACUGCGCACCAAAACCGUGGAGGACGUCCUGACGCCGCUGACCGACUGCUUCAUGCUGGCCUCGGACGUAGUGCUGGACUUCAACACCAUGUCCGAGAUCAUGCAGAGUGGAUACACGAGGAUACCGGUAUUUGAGAACGAACGAUCCAAUAUCGUGGACAUCCUGUUCGUCAAGGAUCUGGCGUUUGUGGACCCGGACGACUGCACCCCACUGAAGACCAUCACGCAGUUCUACAAACACCCGCUGCACUGCGUCUUCAACGACACUAAACUGGACGCCAUGCUGGAGGAGUUCAAGAAAGGGAAGUCCCACCUCGCCAUCGUGCAGCGUGUUAACAAUGAGGGUGAGGGCGACCCUUUCUACGAGGUGAUGGGCAUUGUGACCCUGGAGGACGUCAUUGAGGAAAUCAUUAAGUCAGAGAUCCUGGACGAGACAGACCUCUACACUGAUAAUCGCACAAAGCGCCGCGUUUCUCAUCAUGAGCGGAAGCAGCAGGACUUCUCCAUCUUCAAACUGUCAGAGAAUGAGAUGAAAGUGAAGAUUUCCCCUCAGCUUCUCCUGGCAACGCACCGCUUCCUCUCCACAGAGGUGGAGCCCUUCAAACCGACUCAUAUCUCAGAGAAGAUCUUGCUGAGGCUGAUCAAACACCCCAGCGUGGUUCAAGAGCUCAAGUUCGAUGAGAAGAACAAGCGAGCCCCUCAGCACUUCCUGUUCCAGCGCAACAAACCCGUGGACUAUUUCAUCCUAGUGCUACAGGGUCGAGUUGAAGUGGAGUUCGGUAAGGAGGCACUGAAGUUUGAAAAUGGAGCGUUUUCUUAUUUUGGAGUCCCUGCAAUCAUGCCAGCAGUGCACAGAUCGCCCUCUCGCAGCAGUGGUUUGGACCGCUCUGAGUCGAUGCUGUACGGGGGAAGUAUGAGCCAACUGAACGGAGGGGGGAACGUCUACCUGCCGGACUACUCUGUCAGACAGCUCACUCACCUUCAGAUCAUCAAGAUCACUAGGAGUCACUACCAGAAUGCAGUAACAGCCACCCGCAUGGACAGUUCCCCUCAGACCCCUGAUGCUGACACCCGUCUGACAGAAAGCAACUCCCCAACUCCAGGGCCUCCAGCAACGGAGCCCUCUGCCACACUGAUGCCCCCAGAGCACACCACUGCCACACUUAUGCCCCCACCCAGGGAGCCCAGUCGGCCCAGUUCGGCCCGAACCCGAGGACAGCAGUCCAGUGUGCCGCACAGCACGUCCCUGCUGAAUGAGAAGAACCGCAUCGUCCGGAGCAAGUCUGACGGCCAGAAGAGUCCCAGUGAUUCGGUGUUUCUCAGGAUGGAUGAGAUCCCCUAUAUCAGAGAGGACAGAUCUGAGACUGACUCACAUGCCGACAUGGCCUCUGUUCCCAUAGAGACGGACACAUCCCCUUUCAUCAGCAGCCUGUCGCUGAGCGGUUCAGAGGACACACUGGGCAAGAAACUGCUGCUCAAACUCAGCCACAAGAAGAGGAAAAAAUCUCGUGAAGGAGAAAAGACACCAGAGGACAUUUCAGAGCAGCCGCUGGUGAAAGCCUAGCAGUGUGUAUGAAACAGAGCUGAGUACACUCCAUCAUCUGAUGGUUCUUUAAGCUGUUUGUAAAGACAAAUGUGGUCGCUGAAUUACAGCUCUCAGAGUUUUAUCUGAAGACAUACUCCAUAAACCCGCUCUGUUGGAGAUUGUAAAGUGGGCCCAUUACCAGGAAUGUACAGCACCUGUGGGUGGAAGAAACCAUUUUAUCGAAAAGCAGAGGGUGCAGCUUUGGCAAUAUGCAUCAAACCAUCUCUCUUUCUCUCUCCCUUACCUUUGACUCACAUGCAAACUCAACUGCACACACACCAUCAAAAAAACACAAGCUUUGGCAAUCUGCACUAUACCAUGGCUUCAUCUGCAGGUUAUCAUGUGGAUGCACAUUUAUAAAGAGAUGACUGUGAAUGUAAACAAUUUAUAGAAAAAGAGUUUUUUACACUACUCACAUGAGACCACUUCUUCAAUGGAGCUAAAGACACAUUGCACAGGAAACAGAAGGAAGACACCAAAGAUGUUGCAGAUACUGCUCCACAAUGCACAGGUGCAAUAUCAACAAAGGUGCGCUAUGUGCUGAGGUUUUUCUUUUAAAGGCUGCCUGAUUAGCACUCUUCACAUGUUAGAGCUACUGCCUACAGUGCAGAAACAGUACAUUUUAUUUGUCAACUCUCGAGUAUUCCAUAUGCAGAUGAUCACACAUUUUUCACCAGUCGCUCACAAAAUAUGGUCACACUGGGAAAUAGUGAAACAGCAUACAGCGAUUCCUGAUGGUAUGGAGGCCCAAACCUGCCAACAGAAAGAAACAAACAAAUAAACAAUAUUCAAAAUAAAUGUAGGCAUCACUUACUUAUAUUUAAUCAUUCAAUUAUUUCUGUUGUCGCUUUUUAUAAAUUAAUAAAUGCCUACAUUUAUUUCUGUAUUAUGUUUGUUGCAAUUGCCAUGGCAUAUUACUUUAUUCAAUGAGUCUUCUUUUUAUUUUUUUUUAUUUUUUUUACUUUUGGCAGUUUUUGUCCUCUGUACUUUUCAGUAUGACAUUGCCAUGCUUGUCUAUAAUGUCUAUAAAUACUUUUUCCCCCCACAUUUUUAUUUUGUGGAAGAAUGACUGACCUGCACAAGCUCUGUGACCUCAACCUUAACAAUCACUUUUGGGAUGAAGUGGAGUGACUGCUAACAUCAGUGCUCAACUUUCCUGACACUUCUGUGGUGUAGGCCGUCACAGCAGUGAGUUAAUAAUGGUUCGGGAUCAAUGGCAUGUUCAAAUAUCAUUUGCAGUAAAAUGCUGAUAUGCACACAUAUUUGUAGCCAUGCAGUGAGCUGAAUCACUGGAACGAGAGAAAUACGUGGUUAUGAUCAUGUCUUUUUCUGCUAAAUGCGGGCAUUGUGAUUGGAUCUCUCUCACAGUACACUUUAAGCAGCUGAAAUCAUUGUUAUGUUGUAUUAAGAGUGGACCAACCCACAUAGACUUGUUAGCACAUGGCUAGUGAGGAUUUAGAUUCAUACAUUUCCCUAAGUAGCUGGUAGACACCAGACACUUUAUAUGAAAUCUGGAUUUAUCAACAUUACAUCAUCUAUUUGUUAGUGAAGUCUCAUUGUCAGGGGACGUGUGGGUUUCAUGGAGGUUGUGUUGUAGCCAGUAAGAUUUUAAACUCAUGGCUGAGACCAUCAGGAAAUGAUUUUUUUUUAUGUAUAUAGUAUAUAACAUUUAUAUACUGUAUGUAUUGCUAAAGCUGUGAUGGGUACUCUGCUACAUGUGUUGCAGGCAGUGUUGAGUGUAUUGGAAACAAGAAACUGUGGCAGUUGAGCCACACUGAUGGAUGAAGAUGGCACCAACUAACAUGCCUUCAAUCACCUUUUUCCUCCAUCAUGUUCUAUUAAAACAAAAGGAAACAACAUAUCAAUUGAUGUAUCAUUCUGGCUCUAAUAUAAAAGGAUGUAAGCUUCCCCUAAAACUGGUUAGUGGGGGUGGAGGAGUGUCUUUAAUAAGCUUUUUGGUUGCAUGCAUCCACCCACCUUUUGUAUGAGAGCAGUGCUGAAAGCAUCCAAUGCCAUACAGUUUCUGGAAGAAGUCAUCACUUGAAAUCAUGCUUCUUCUAGACUUUUAUACUUGAUGUGUGUCUAAUGUUUUAUCUCUUUCAUGAAAUAAAAUAUCCUGUCACUCUUAUUGUGUAGUAAAAUGAUUCAGUCAUAAUAGCACGGCGGCCUUGGAGGUUACAGCUGCUGUUGAACUGAUGAGCUUUGUUGUUGAGCUGAACUGUUUUAUUCCGCUCCUUCAGCUUUUUCCUGGUCCUUGCAGAGCUGCAACCUGCAGUUUUUGUUUGUCUGUACGGUGCUGCAGGGAUGGGAUGGAUGGGUGUGGCUCUGUCUCACUAAGGUUCAGGAUCAGAUUUGUGCCA